GAUUUUUUGAUAAUCCCGAUAAUCAAUAUUACAAAUUUGCACAACAACUUGGUAAAAACGGAGUUAUUGAUAGACAUUCUCACAUUACCAUUCAAAAUAUUGGUAAUAUUAAUACUAAUACACCUCCAAAUGCUAAAAAUUUUGAAUUUUUCAAGGGGUUAAAUGAUCUAGCAAACAAUGCCGUCUUAACUAUUGCUGUUGUUCAAAAAGAUAGUAAAACACCAGGUUUGACAGCUAGAAGUUACAGAGUUUACACAAUAAGCAGUUCUUUCGGUCAUCAACCUGUGCUUAUGCUCGUCGCUCAAUGUGGUGCCCAAGAUGAUUGUGUUCGUUUUACUGUCAAAUAG